CUCAAGCCAUGUUGGCUCAAGCCCAGGUGCCAUGUCGCUCUAGAUAGUCUCAAGAAGUCGUUAUGUCCCUCGAAGCGUCGAUCAAGAAUUGCGGCCUGACAAAACAAUGGAGCGCCGCACUGCGGAUGCUCCGCGAAGGAAUUCAAUUGGGUGUGCAACUCGUCCCAGGCCACUACGUUGCGACUGUCAGCGCAUGCAGAAACGGCGGGCAAUGGCAACACGCGUUGACAGUGCUCAGUGAGAUGUGGGAGGCGAGGCUGGAGCCCGACUUCUAUCAGCUACAGCGCCGGGAUCAGCGCGUGCGAGAAGGGUGAGCAGUGGCAGCGGGCUCUGUCGCUACUCAGAGAUAUGCGGGAGGCGAAGCUGGAGCCCGACGUCAUCUCUACAGCGCUGGGAUGAGCGCGUGCGAGAAAGGCGAGCAGUGGCAACGGGCUCUGUCGCUGCUCAGCGACAUGUGGGAUGCGAAAAUUAAGCCCAACGUCAUCAGCUAUAACGCUGGUGUGAGCUCGUGUGGAACAUGCGAACGGUGGCAAUGGGCCCUGAUGUUGCUCAGCGAAAUGCGGGAGGCGAAGCUGGAGCCCGACCAUAUUCUUUUCUCCUACAACGCUGGGAUCAGCGCGUGCGAGAAGGGCGAGCAGUGGCAGCGGGCUCUGGCGCUGCUGAGCGAGGUAUGGAAUGCGACGCUGGUACCCGACGUGAUUUUCUGCUACAACGCUGGGAUCAGCGCGUGUGAGAAGGGCGAGCAGUGGCAGCGGGCUCUGGCGCUGCUUGGCGAGAUCGGGAAGGUUCGGCUAGAUCCCGACGUCAUCAGCUUCAGCGCUUGUAUCAGUUCGUGCGCGAAGGGCGAGCAAUGGCAGCGGGCUGUGGCGCUGCUCAGAGAGAUGUCAAAGGCGAGAGCGGAGCCCAACGCCAUCUACGGCGCUUCGAUCAGCGCGUGCGAGAAGGGCGAGCAGUGGCAGCGAGCUUUGUCGCUGCUCAGCGAGAUGCGGGAGGCGAAGCUGGAGCCCGCGGUCAUUCACCUACAACGCUGGGAUCAGCGCGUGCGAGAAGGGCGAGCAGUGGCAGCAGGCUUUGGCGCUGCUCAGGGAGAUGCGGGAGAUGAAGCUGGAGCACGCCUCAGCUACAACGCUGGGAUCAGUGCGUGCGAGAAGGGCGAGCAGUGGCAGCAGGCCUUGGCGCUGCUCAGGGAGAUGCGGGAUGUGAAGCUGGAGACCGACCCCUACUCAGUUCCAGCGCUGGGAUCAGCGCGUGCGGGAGAGGCGAGCAGUGGCAGCGGGCUGUGGCGCUGCUGGGCGAGAUGCAGGAGAUAAAGCUGGAGCCCGAGGUCAUCUUCAGCUACAAUGCUGCGAUCACCGCGUGCAUGAGGGGCGAGCAGUGGCAGCGGGCAUUGGCGCUGCUCGUGGUCGGUGGGGCAAAGCUGGAGCUCAACGUCAGCACUACAACGCCGGGAUCAGCGCGUGCGAGACGGGCGAGCAGUGGCAGCGGGCUUUGGCGCUGUUCAGGGAGAUGCAGGAGGCGAAGAUGUACCCCGACGUCUCCUAUCCUACAGUCACUGGGAUCAGCGCGUGCGAGAAGGGCAAGCAGUGGCAGGGGGCCCUAGCACUGUUGGGCGAGAUGUGGGAGGCGAAGCUGGAGCCCGACGUCAUCUGACUUCAACGCUGCGAUCAGCGCGUGCGAGAAGGGCCAGCAGUGGCAACGAGCUGUGGCUCUUCUGGGCGAGAUGCGGGAGGCAAAGUUUGAGUCCAAUGCCAUCAGCUAUACGGCUGGAAUCUGCGCGUGUGAAAGAUGCGGCCAGUGGCAGCAGGCACUCUCGCUGUUCUGCGAGAUGUGGGAGGGCAGCCUGAAGCCGGACGUAAACGUGCAUGACUUGGUCGUCACAGCGUAUGAGAGGUCAGUUGGCGACUCGGCAGGAUUCCCGGGCGUGCUUCAGAGCGGCCUUUCGCGUUUCCGAGCAUCUUACGCGACAUUGCGCGUGUGGGAUCAUGCUGGUCAACCGUUGGGGUGACGUAGACGGACAUCCUUGGCAUAGUUGUUUGUGUCCAUUCAUCGCACAGGAAGCCUUGUGGGAUCCCAUUCCAUGGGCCCGCCCUUGUCAGCUACAACGCUGGGACCAGCGCGUCGGAGACGGGAGAUCAGUGGCAGUGGCAUUUUGCGCUGAUCAGCGAGAUGUGUCAGGCAACGUUGGAUUCCCGACGUCAUCCUUUACACCGCUGAGAUCAGCACGGGCGACAACGCGAGCCAUGGUCGCAGACUCUAGCGCUGCGCUGCUGAACGAGAUGCGGAGCGCUUGGGAGCGCUUGGGGAGCGCCUGGGAGCGCUUGGGAGCGCCUGGGAGCGUGCCGAGAGCGCCUGGGAGCGUGCCGGGAGCGCCUGAAGCGCCGUGGAGCGCUUGGGUAGCUCAAUGUAAUCCCCUCAGCGCUGGGGUCAGGGCUUUCGGGAGAAGCGAGCAAUGGCAGCUUGCAGGUCAUUGCGAUGUGGGAGACGAAGCUGGAGCCAGACGUGACCUGUUGCUGCAUUGGGGCUGGCGCGUGCGACAAAGGGGAACAGUAGCAGCGGGCUCUGCCACUGUUGAGCGAGACGAGAGCGGUCAAGUUUGCGCCUAGCGUCAUCAAUUGCUGCGCUGGGAGUCGCACGCGCAAGAAAUGGGAGCAGGUUAGAAAUGUGCCCUGUCUGUGGCCUGCGACAUGUGGGCGGUGAUGUUAGAUCUCGACGGGAUCAGAUCUACACUUGCCGUGCGUUACCCGGAGUCAAUCGUGCCCUCAGGGUGAUCAGUGGCAGCGGGCCGUGUUGCUGCUCAGUGAGACGUUGCAUGCAUAUUCUUAUCUUGACCCUGCUAUUUGUAACACCGCUUUUUCCGAAACGCUCCCAGCCUAACAUCACUCUUGCUGGCUACCACGGAGGCCCCGACAGGGGUCAACGACUGCCCAAGGCCGCCCCGACAUGGACCGAAAGCCCACCCAGGCCGUCCAAAGACGUGUCUGCUGCACUGCCAUUGCCCUCUGCUUGACGGCCCCCACGGGCGCAUCCCGACGCCCACUUUUUGCGCACGCGCGCCCUGCCAAGCUUUGCGUGGCUUCUCCGGAAGGCCCGUCCAGUGCUCAUCGGAGAGCUCCCUGGCCAGUGGACUGGGACAGAGAGCGGUUUGUGGACGGGCCGCAGCGGGCCGGGUCCUUGACCGGCGCACGGAGGCGCGCCAGCGCGCCUGGGCAGGCCGAGUGAGACGAGCAGGCUGACAGCAAAUUCGGUAGCCCUUGCGUGUCACCCGAGUGGGGCGAACGUCGCGGCCUGGUCUGGAAUGCGCUGGCUCUCUCCGCCACCGCGGCGCGAGGGCGCAGCGGUGCCGGGGCUCUGCGCAUCGCGCGGCGCGGCGCUCGGCCUCUCGAAGCACGUGGAGGCAGUGCCUCCUCGCCCUCCUCCCCUCGAGGCGGAGGAGCUUGCUCAAAUGCUCUGAACUCUUUAGUCUCGGCCCUCGGCACCUGGCUGGCAUCAGGGGCUCCGCAAUCGGUCUGUGUUGCCACCUCUGCCGCUGGCUGGCGCCUCGCCACGAGAACUGUUUUAGGGGUGGUGGGAGGGGCGGUUCGCUCGGCACGAGCAAGCUGUGCAAGAGCACGGCACGGUCGUGGACUGGCUUCGCUGUAGGUGGUCGGCUCCAUGUUGGGCCGUCCCCCUCGAGCGCAGCGCAGCGGGAGGGGGAGUGGAGCGGUCUCGAGCCCUCUCGAGCUCGACCGCGCCCGCCCCCGCACGGAGCUGCGGGGAGGGAGCCUCCGGGCGGCGGGAGAGCCGGCGCAGCCUGCCGCCCGGCGAGCAGGACCGCCCCUCGCGGCGGCGCGGGAGCCCAGUCUUCGUUUUCGCCCCUUUCACCGUGCUUCGGGGCUCUGCCCCGACGUAUGCCCUGCUGAGGCGCUGGACUGUUUUUUUCUUGCUCUGGCCACGGGGCGGUCGCCUGUCAUGUGGCCAGUGCCUCCUAGCCUAUGGGGCUGCUGGAGGUACUCCUUCGGUCAGUGAGGUCUCCCUCACUGCCAGCAGUGGUUUCCCAGCCGCCGCUGCUGUGCCUUUUUUCGCCUAGGCUGUGCGGGCGCUGAGCUCA